AUGGAACAGCACCGGGACGGGGAUGAUCAGCAUGGCAAGGCCAGGACGCAGGAUGCGCGCCCAGGACGCCAACCUACUGACGACUCGGUGGCUGACGACAAUGUCGAGCGGGACGAGAACGUAGACGACGAUGCUGACGACAAUGACCACGAUGAUGCCGAUGCCGACGACGACGAAGAAGAAGAAGAAGAAGAAGAAGAAGAAGGGGAGGAUGAUGAUGAGGAGGAUGAUGACGAGGAGGAGGAGGAAGAGGAGGAAGAGGAGCCGUUGUUGAAAUACGCACAGUUAACGCAGCAUCUCCGCGCCGUCUACCGUAACGGGGAUGCGACGAGCGCCUUUCUCGUUGCUGGGGACAAGAUGCACGUCGUUCAACUGCCGACCUUCCAGACGCUGCGCAUGUAUCACGCCCACUCGGCCUCCGUCACGAGCAUAUCCAUUUCUCCGUACCCGCCCCCCCUUCCGACCGAGAAAGCCGAUAGUUUGAGACCGCCGACGUACCCUCAGCCUCGACCAGACUCGCGUCAGUCGGAUGCUCCCUCGUCUCCGGCGGCGACGUCGAGGAAGUCGAGGGAGCCGAUGCCGCUGCCCAAGAUCCCCUCCAACGACAUCUACGUCGCCACCUCGUCCAUGGACGGCAACGUAUGCAUCCAGUCCAUUGCUGAUAUGAAGGACGUCCAGCUGCGCAACUUUGCCCGUCCCGUUCAAGCCGUCGCCCUAUCGCCAGAUUACAAGGUCGAUCGAACCUACCUCUCGGGCGGCCUGGCCGGUCAGCUGAUCAUGACCGUCGGCGGUGGAUCCGGUCGAAGCACAUCGACGACGACCGGAACGGCGGCAGCCACCGCCUCUGGUUGGCUCGGCAGCGUUGGCCUCGGCGGCAACAGUGGUAAGGACACCGUUCUGCACUCGGGCGAAGGCAGCGUCAGCUGCAUCAAGUGGUCCCUGUCAGGCAAGUACGUGGCCUGGCUCAACGAGCACGGCAUCAAGAUUAUGCGGUCCAAGCUUCAUCUCGAGAGCGUCGAUUCGGAUCAUGCCUGGAAACGGAUGGGCCACAUCGACAGGCCCCAGACGGACGAGUGGGAAACCAUGGCGGGCGUCUGGAAGGGGCGCGUCGAGUGGGUGGAUGAAAAGGCCAUCGGAAACGACGAGACGCUCGCCGUCGGAGCCAAGGUCGGCGAGAAGGCGAUAGAACGUCUUCUCGUCGGCUGGGGCAGCUCCAUCUGGAUCAUACACAUCCACCCAGGGGGCCUCGGUACCGGCAAGAAUGUUGGGGAGAGAACGCUCGGACGGGCCGAGAUUGUCAAGAUUCUCCGAAUGGACUGCAUCAUUUCCGGCAUUUCCUUGUAUACCCAGAACUUGCUCAUCGUUCUUGCAUUUGUUCAUUCGCCCGACGACGAGGAUGCAGACAACGACGACGACGGCCAGGCGAAAUCGGCCAAAGGGCACAAACUUGCUCUCUCGUCCGCCUCCACGGGAAGCGGCCCUUCCGGAGGGAUACGGCGAAAGCAGACCAACCAACCUCCGGAGCUGCGACUCAUCGAUCUCGACUCGCAGGCCGAGGUUGACAAGGACACCCUGAGCAUGAGCCGGUACGAGAGAUUGUCGUCGGGCGACUACCACUUGAGCGUCCUGCCCGGCCGCGGCGCCGCAUCCGCCAUCGCCUCGAAGGGAGCUCUCGAGGCGCUCGCCGGCUUCGGCACGGACAUGUGGAACGUGGCCAUCAACCCAAAGUCCCUCUUCAACUCGGCCGCGAGCGUCAGGAGCAGGGACAGCGGCGAGGACGUCGGCUCCGGACCGAGAAGCGUGAGCACCGUCGGCAUCGGCCGACCCGCCCAGGGCACCCCAACCGCCCACCCCAGCCUGGCGAAACCUGGCGCCAAGAUCUUCCUCCACAGCCCCUACGACUGCAUCCUCGGCACCAAGAGGGAUCUGGCCGACCACCUCGCAUGGCUGGUGGAGCAUGAGCAGUAUCAGCAGGCGUGGGAGCUCCUGGACGAGAACCCCGACAUCCUCGCCGAGAAGGCGGCCGAUGCGGCGGCGCCGUCGACGCCGUCGAAGCGUCGCACGGGCACCGACGACUUUUACGACGACGAAUCCGUCGCCGGGUCGAGCCAACGAAAUCGCCUGUCCCCCACGGAAUUGGAAAAGCGGCGGGUCGGAGAGCUGUGGAUUCAAGAGCUCAUCGAGGCCGGCGACUGGGCGUCGGCGGGCGAGAUCUGCGGCAAGGUUCUCGCAACGCCCGACAGGUGGGAGAAGUGGGUGUGGACGUUUGCGGGCGCCAACAAGUUUCAGGAAAUCACCUAUUCCAUACCGGACAAGCCGAUGAACCCUCCGCUGCCCUCGACGAUAUACGAGGUCAUCCUCGGUCACUACAUCCAAGGCGACAAACCGCGGUUCAGGGAGCUGCUCGAGCGUUGGCCGACGGAGCUCUUCGACGUCAUCACCGUCAGCACGACGCUGGAAAACCAGCUCAAGUAUCGCGACGUGCGCGAGGACAGCAUCGACGACGGCGAGAAGGGCCGCGACUGGCGCAUCGUCGUCGAGAGCCUCGCGAAGCUGCACGAGGCCGGCGGCCGGAACCGAGAGGCGCUCAAGUGCUACAUCAAGCUGCACGACGCCGACGCCGCGUUUCGGCUCAUCCGCGAGGGCCACCUGGCCGAGGCCGUCGCCGACGACAUUCCCGGCUUCAUUCAACUGCGCGUUUCGCCCGAACGAGCCGACGCCAUGUCGGAGCAGGAGUUGGCCGAGGCGACGGCGGAGGCGAUCACCGUCCUCGUCGACGAAGCCCAGCACGGCCUCGUCCGGCCAGAUGUGGUGGUGGAGCAGCUCCGACGACGGCAGCUCAACCUCUACCUCUACUUUUACCUCAAAGGCCUGUGGCGCGGCGAAGGCACCGAGGAGCACAUGGGCGAGAACCGGGAUCGGCUGGUCAUGGACAGCCAAUCGCUCGUCGACGAUUUCGCCGACCUCGCCGUCCAUCUCUUCGCCACGUACGAUAGGGCGCUGCUGAUAGAUUUCCUAAAGACGUCGACGUCGUACACGUUUGAAAAGGCUGUUCAAGAAUGCGAGACGGCCCGGUACGACGACGAACUCGUGUAUCUCUACUCCAAGACGGGACAGAUGAAGCGAGCGCUGUACCUCAUCAUCGACCGACUGCGCGACGUCCAAAAGGCGAUUGAGUACGCCAAGGAGCAAGAGGACCCCGACCUCUGGGGCGAUUUGAUCGAUUACAGCAUGGACAAGCCAAACUUUAUCCGCGCCUUGCUCGAGCAGGUGGGCACGUCGAUCAACCCGAUCACGCUGGUGCGGCGGAUACCCGAAGGGCUUGAGAUCCAAGGCCUCCGCGAGGGCCUGACGCACAUGAUGAAGGAGCACGAGCUCCAGCACAGCCUCAGCUCCGGCGUCGCGCGCGUUUUGCGGAGCGAGCUCGCGGCGGCCCAGAACGAGCUUCGCGCGGGACAGCGAAGGGGCGUCAAGUUCGAGGUCGUCUUGACGGCGCAGGCCAAGGGCGCCAACGGUGGCACCGACGCCACGAGAGGCGACUGGACGAACGAGAUGCCCGAGGACGACGGUCGGAUCCGGAUCCCGCCACCUGGACACUGUGUAGCCUGUCACGAGCUCCUCACCGAGCACGAGACGGAGACGCUGAUGGGCUUCGCCUGCGGGCAUGUGUUUCACGUGAGCCACCUCCUGGAGAUGCUCCACAAGGGCAAGAAGGUGGAUGCGGGCCUGGGAGGCGAGUUUGAGGAGAAGAGCAGAUAUUUAGUCGGAAUGAAGGUCAUGAGGGCUCGACUGCUCAAGGACAAGGUUCAGGGCGGCUGCCCGAUCUGCCGAGAGCAGGUGACGACGUAA